AUGAAGACCGAUAUCGAAGCCGGGAGGGUCGACGUCAGGGCCUUCCAGACGAGGGAACCGUCUGGAGAGGCUCCCAACCCCGAAGUUCCACAGCAGGCUCCUGGCCAACAGGCCCAACUCCAGGUCACAGACGAGGACCCGGCCCAACACGACGCCGCCGCCCUUGGCCAAGGCGGCUACCAGCCGGCAGCUAACGUCAGUCUCGACGACGUCGACGACCAGUUCGAAGACAACUCAAACUUUGACCAACAGUUAGCCCUGUCAGCAUUGCGUCUGGCCAACGACAACGACCUCCAGGUACAAGAUAACCUGGCCCACAAUGGUCAAGACUUCAACCUGGGGAUGGAUCCCCAAGAACUCAACAUCGACAAUGUCGACCUCCAGGCACAAGUCAACCUGGGCCAAAAUGGUCAAGACUUCACGAUCAAUCCCCAGCAACUCCACUGGGACAAUGGCCAAGGCUGGAACCAGGAGCAGAACUACCUGGUUCCUAACUUCAACAAUACCGGCUACCUGCCACAGGGUGCCUUGGCUUACAACGGCCAGGACUGGAAUCAGGAGCCAAUGCUCCAGAAUCCAACCUUCGACAACGCCGGCCAUUGGGCACAGGGUCAACAGGGCGCCCUGGGAGAUGACAUGUUCCUGGGCCAAGCCCAGUAUCAAGUUUACAACAACGUCGGCCUUCAAGGUCAAUUUGAUCAGGGCAACCAGACGGCCUGGGGCUCAAGGCCGCAACAACAAUUUGUCGGCAACCAGGCCCAGGACAUGGUCUUCCUGCCUACCAUGAAUCAAAACGUCCAGGAAGAUUUCUGGGAUGCUGCCGUCUUCUAG